GAUCCCCCAAAGAAAGCUCCGAUCUCCACCGUGACUUGGCGAAGGGGAGUUCUCUGCAGCCUCGACUCUAUCCGCGCUCCCUGCGUUCGGAAAUCACAAAGACGGUUCCCUUCCCAAGGUCACCUCUCUCCACCCCCGAAGCUAUAGAAGGUUGUACUUUUGGGGCCAACGUGAGAGAAAGCGAGGGGAUUCGAUGGAGCUCGAGGUGAGGGUGGUGGGGCGGAUCGAGAGCUGCUUCGUCUCUCUUCCUCUCCCUUUCAUCCAUACACUCGAAUCCACCAGAGGAGGCUUCCUCCCUUCGUUCCUCGCGCUCGAGCUCCGAUCUCGCUCCGGAGAUCACUGGAACGUGGCUUGGUCCGGCUCCGCUUCUAAGUCAUCAGCAAUCGAGGUUGCUCAACAAUUGGCAGAGUCUAUUUCUUUGCCUGAUGGCACCAAAGUACAAGUAAAAGCAGUUGCUAAUCCAGCAAAAGCUGCUUUUGUUACUGUAGAGCCUAACACUGAGGAUGACUGGGAAAUUUUGGAGCUUAACUCAGAGCUCGCUGAAGAGGCUAUCUUGAAACAGGUCGGUAUUGUCUAUGAGGGGAUGAAAUUUCCUUUGUGGUUGCAUGGGCAUAUUGUUGUGGAGUUUCUUGUUGUCUCAACUUCUCCUAAGAAAUCGGUAGUUCAACUCAUGCCAGGAACUGAGGUUGCUGUUACCCCAAAGAAGCGUAAAAAAGCGAUAGAUGCUAAUCAGGAUGUCCAGAAGCAAAGUUCAGUGAACGAGCAACUUAUGAUGAAGGCACUACUACGCGUACAAGCUGCAGACAAAAGACAUGUACAUAGAUUUGGAUUUGGAGAUGUUGAACUGGGGGUACUAUUGACGUCGGUUGUUUUUAUACAUCCAGAAACAGCUUCAAAGUUUUCAUUUGAUAAUCUUCAGUUAAUAACUAUUUUUCCUAGAUUAGCACCAAAUGAAAUCAUGCAGAAUGGAAAAGAUAUCGAGAGAAGAGGAAGUAAUUCUCCUGGUACAGAUCGAAAUAAUGGGGUUUUAAGACCUAGUAAGGAGGCAGUAAGACAUACGGUUGUUCGUAUCUUAUUUUCAGACUCAGUAGCCAAAGGACAUGUUAUGCUUCCUCAGUCUCUUCGUCUUUUUAUAGGAGCAGGCAUACAUUCAUGGGUUUAUAUAAUGAAAUACUGCAUUGGUCUGAAGAAGGGUACUGCUUUGAUGACACUAUCUCCUUGUCGGUUUAAGUUAGUGAGAAAGAAUAAGCCUAAUGGUAACAAUGGACUUGAGCAUCAUGAAGGCUACACACAUCUUGGUCGCAAAAAUUUGCCUUCACCUGCAGGAUUGUUCCUCGAUGGAAAUAUGAAAGACUGGUCAAAUCAUGAAGACCUCCUUAAUUCUCUGUCUCAUGAAACUCUUGUACAUGGAGAUGAUGAUGGUGUUUCUAAAUAUCGCAUGGCAGUUGUUAAGAAUUUUCUUAUCAAGUCAUGGCUUGUUGGACAGCUCAAGGCAAUUGCCUCACAGACUGGUAAUCUGGAUGUCACUUCAGUAGUUUUGGCAAACGAAACUUUGCUUCACUUUGAAGUGAUGGAUCAUAAAUUAAGAACCAAGAAAAGGGAUGGUAUAUCAGAAAAGGAAAGUGGCAUGGGAGAAGCUGGACUUGAGCUCCUGUAUUUGUUGACAAUUACUUCUGAGGAAUCUUCGAAUCGUGACCUACAGAAUAGCUAUGAGCUUGUCUUUGAUACCCAAAAGAAUGGUAAUGAUCUAGAUGACUUAGAACUGGCACUUGGAAAGUUGGAAUUGGGUGACCCUGUAUCCCUUGAUUCUGUUGCCGAGAGUAGCUUCAACAGAAACUUCAAUCUGACUCUGUCUUCUUUAAGCUGGAUGGAGACAGCUAUUUCUGAUGUUAUUAAGCGUCUAUUUGUGCUUUUGUCUCCAUCUUCCAGUAAGUUGUUAAGCAGUUUCGAUCUUCCUCUCCCAGGACAUGUGCUUAUAUAUGGACCUUCUGGUUCUGGAAAAACUACACUAAUGAGGGCUGUUGCGAAGCAUCUUGAAGAAAAUGAAGAAGUCUUAGCCCACAUAAUUUUUAUAAGCUGUUCAAAACUUGCUGUUGAGAAGAGUCAGACAAUUCGACAAGCAAUCACAGGCUACAUAUCUGAAGCUCUCAUCCAUUCACCUUCUGUCAUUAUUUUUGAUGAUCUAGACAGUAUAGUCUCAUUUUCUUCCGAAUCUGAGGGAUCUCAGCUGUCCAAUUCUACCAGUGCUUUAGUCAAAUAUUUAACGGAUAUUAUGGAUGAAUAUGUGGAGAAGAGUCAGAGCUCUUGUGGGUAUGGCCCUAUUGCAUUUAUGGCUGCUGUGCAGGCUCUCGGGAAUUUACCUCAGUCUCUGAGUUCUUCAGGGAGAUUUGAUUUCCAUGUUCAACUUCCUGCUCCUGCUGUCUCUGAACGUGAAGCAAUGUUGAAACAUGAAAUUCGAAAACGUGCUUUACAAUGUUCUGAGGAUAUACUUGCUGAAGUAGCUUCCAAAUGUGAUGGAUAUGAUGCAUAUGACUUGGAAAUUUUGGUUGAUAGGGCUGUGCAUGUUGCUGUCAGUCGUUUUUUGUCAUCUCAUGUUGAUCAAGUACAUGGGAAGCCUAUUUUGGUGAAGGAAGAUUUUUCACAAGCAAUGCAUGAUUUCGUUCCAGUUGCAAUGCGUGGUCUUACAAAAGCUGCUUCUGAAGGUGGGCGCAGUGGGUGGGAGGAUGUUGGUGGGCUUUCUGACAUUCGGAAUGCCAUUCAAGAGAUGGUGGAAUUACCAUCAAAGUUUCCUGGUAUCUUUGCCCAGUCACCUCUGAGGUUGAGAUCAAAUGUUCUCUUAUAUGGACCUCCAGGUUGUGGAAAAACCCAUAUUGUUGGAGCUGCAGCAGCUGCUUGUUCUUUAAGAUUUAUAUCUGUCAAGGGGCCUGAGCUGCUGAACAAAUAUAUAGGUGCAUCUGAGCAAGCUGUUCGCGAUCUAUUCUCAAAGGCUGCUGCUGCAGCACCUUGCCUUCUUUUCUUUGAUGAGUUUGACUCGAUUGCACCAAAGAGAGGGCAUGAUAAUACUGGAGUUACUGAUCGUGUUGUCAAUCAGCUGCUGACUGAGUUAGAUGGGGUGGAAGCCUUGACCGGGGUGUUUGUAUUUGCUGCAACUAGUCGGCCAGAUCUACUUGAUGCUGCACUCCUGCGACCUGGAAGGCUAGAUCGUCUUCUUUUUUGUGAUUUUCCAACAUGGCAUGAGAGGCUAGAUAUUCUUUCAGUUCUUUCAAAAAAGCUUCCUUUGGCAAGCAAUGUUAACCUGGAAACUAUAGCUUGUAUGACUGAAGGAUUUAGUGGUGCUGACCUCCAAGCCCUUCUGUCAGAUGCACAGCUUGUGUCGGUUCAUGAGCUUCUAGAUAGUGGAGAUAGGGGUGAACCAGGAAGAAUGCCUGUUAUCACUGAUGAACUUUUGAAAUCUGUGGCUUCAAAGGCCCGACCUUCAGUUUCAGAAGCUGAGAAGCGCCGGCUUUAUGGUAUUUACAGUCAAUUCUUGGAGUCAAAGAAGUCUGUUUCUGCACAGUCAAGGGAUGCAAAGGGCAAAAGGGCCACUUUAGCAUGACAAUAUCACACGUAAAACAUGCAUUUGCACUGAUCAUGGACUAAGAUGGCCAUUAAAGCUUGAGUUAUACCACACUUCGUCAUGCGCUUGAACCGAGCAAACAAUGGAUAAUCUUCAACUGGAUUGGUGCUGGAAUAUGAAGGUGUGUUGUGUGAAGAGAUUGAAUGAUUACUAGCAUAAUUAGAAGGCAGAAUUAUGUCAUCUAGUCAGUGAAUGUGCUUUUUUGUUUCCUUUUUUAUUUUUGGGCGUGUGUAUUCCGUUGUUUUAGGGGGUGUUGAUUACUGUCAAGGGGGGAUAAGUUUGCUUUUAGCAAGGUGACAGGUAUUAGGGUAUAUGAGUUGCUUUGUUAACUUGUAUCAUCUUUGCUUUUAUUAUUUUCUCUGUCUUAUGUCAAAGCUAUCAUCACUUUACUGAAUGAAUGCAUUUGUAUUUGUACUGAAACUUGAAAAGAAAUACUGGAGAAGGUUUCUUUGCUAUUUGAUUUAAAA